CAGUCCUCUUUUUGAAAGACCAAAAAACAAACAAAGUUACGAAACAUGACAUUUUCAGAAAAACUACUACACUUCCAAGAGUCCUAGAAUUUCCUACUUUUUUCCUUUUCACAACUUAUAAACAACGGAAACAAACUACUUUCACAGAAAAUAUUAUCGAUAACCCUGAAUACGCAGUGUUGGUUACCUUUAACAGUAUUAAUAUCUCUUACAACACAAGAAAAUUUACAGCCGUGGCUCAAACCUUUGACACUAUUCCUUCUUAUUUACAACAAAAAAGAAUAAAGCAAGCAACAAAUAGCAUGGACAACAUAACACUCAACCAGGAAGACCAAGAAUUAUAUAUUAAUGCCAUCAACUCAAUAGAAGAAACAGUCAUCUUAGAAAAUACAAACUAUACUUCAAUAAACACUUCUUCUAAUUCUUCUCGCGAAAAUUCUCCAGCACCCCCAAAAAAACGCGUAACACUCUCACCCCCUAAAAAUGAUCAACAGGCAAAUAAUUCAGCCGACAAACAAAGAACACCAGUUACGCGACGCGACUAUGAAACACAAAACUGCGUAGUUCCCUUUGAAAAAGAAGCACUAAGGGCUUUCCUUUCGCAAUACAACAAAGACAAAGCAAUAUUUCGUAAACCACCAAACAACUUAGAAGACGCUCCAGACCACAUAAAAGAAUGGUUGACAUUACUAGAGAAAGAAAUUACACAAUUCAAAGACAAAAACGACAUUAACAAUGAAGAAACUCUCUCCCCCCAACUUCAUAGUGAGUUACGAGAUCACUUAAGAACAAAGAUUAUGUGGUGCUACCUACACAGUAUAGAUUUCUCAAAAAAUUGGGGAGGAAGAGACAUGGCCCAACUCAUAAUAUACACAAUCAAUUUCAUUCUACCACCAUACAAAAGACCCAACAAAAUAGAAUUUAAUUAUAACCAAUUUACCAGACAAUGUGUAAAACACUUCUAUAAAUUCAAAUCAGCCAAACAUCCAUUACCCGAAGAUCCAAACAGUUUGUAUAAUGAAACAGUAACAGAACUUCCAAAGGUAAUCUUUCCACUUCGAAACAACACACACUUAACAGAAGUACUACAAGUAUUACACAAAUGGUAUGACUUUGGCUUAUUACCAAUUGAAUACUAUUGCCCAAAAGAACCAUUACCACAAGACUUCAUCAACCUAAGAAAUGAAAUCUUAUGUAAAACAAAACUGCCAAUACAAACUAAAGAGCAAAUGAGAGAAAUAAACGAAUACAAACAAGAAUUACGAAAAUUUUAUACCUUACCUACGAAACUCCCAAAUAACUAUAUACAAAUAAAAGAAAAACCAGAACUACCACAAGACUACAACGACGUGAAAGAAGACAUCAAAAAAUAUCUUCCAUGGAACAAAGCAACAGUCUCAGAUGGUAUCUCGUUCUACGACAUUCUAAAUGCAUUGAGAAAAGAAUACAAGAUCAAGGAUAAACUACCAAACUCAUAUUUCUUCAAUCAUACUGAAUUACCAGAACAUCCUAAUCAAGUAGACAUAUCAGAUCUCCCAUUAAAUAUCACUUUGCCAAUCACCAGAAAAGAAGAUAUAAAAUUCUUAACAGAAACAUUGAGGAAAAAAUAUAUAUUUACAACCAAUAAACUCUCUAAAGAAUGGAUCGAUUUAGAAGCAGACAACAGACCUCCUCUUCCUACAAAUAUGAAUACAGUCAAUAGAGUAGCUAAUAUCAAUCUACCUAUCAACAAAACUCAAAUAGUACAAACAGUCAAACAAUUAAGACAGCAUUACAAGUUUGACAGAAUCCCAGAAGACUGGAUUUUAGCCAAAUAUACUCCACAAGAUGAACUCCCCACAAUAGAUAGAGUAAUUAUCGACCUAGCAAAUAAGACAGAACAAACAGUAAUACUCCCAAUAACAGAUAAAACAAAAAUUAACCAAACUGUCAAAACACUUCAUCAAUACUAUAACUUCGCACAACUCCCAAAAGAGUUUUUUCAAUCUAAUAAAGGAGGUUAUGGCCCAACCCACACAUUACCACAUACCUCAAUAAUAAACCACAAUUACAACAAUGACAAUGACGAAAAUAACAACAUUUGGGAUUCUGAUCAAGACCUUUCCCUUACCUCCCUUUUUUCUGAAUUCACAAACAACUCAAUAGAAGAAAAUGAAAUCAGUGACUCCAUUAAACGGAAUCAAGAAAUAGAAGAAUUUAUAUUCAACAAUCAAAUCAAUACACCCCCUUCCAUAACUGAUAUUUCAGAUUAUACUACAGAUAUUCCAGAAACAAAUGAUAAUUCUCUUACAUCAAGUUCAGAACUGACAGAAAUACAAAGCCCUAACUUACAAAAAUUCAUACAAAUUGGAACACUAAAU